AUGAUGGGAGUGUGUGUGACGAAUACCCUCGCUAUGGACAUAAGUCCAACGAGUGGGUCUGGCAGUGGGCCAGGCGGUGGCGACUCGCGCCGCGGGGACGUAACACCGCACGCGCCACCGCAGCGACGCCUCAUCAAAGUGGACUUUGAUAAUCUUGAGGACGAUGAAGACGAAGACGAGACCGAGACUUGCGUUAGUCCAGAAACCUGUGCCCCACAACCUUACCCUAGACAUACAGCACCUCAACAAACACCACUGAAACCAUGGAAGAGAACCGUGGAGACGCCGCGAGCGCCGCCACGCGCGCGUAUCUCCCACGACGAGUACCACCAGUUCUGCGACGAGACCCUCGAAUCGUACGACCUCGCAACACAAUGUCCGUCGCGGCGAGCCUCGAUGCGGCGGCACACCGUAACGCACCCACCUUGCCCGUCCACCGACGGCGCUCAAUCGUUACCACAUUCGAGGCCAGGGUCUCGAGCCUCAUGUACAGGUGCAGCAUCCCUCGCGAGUAGUGACGCAGACGUACAGCUAGGUGACCUCUCCUGGUCCCGGUCCUCGCUCCAGGACGAACUCAUCAAGUCGAAACAAUGGCAAGACGCGAUAAUGUCGGACGACCGGCUCUCUCUGACACUGGAAGAAAUCGUCCACAUCCGGUCAGUGUUGACGAAAGCGGAACUAGAAGUCCUGCCCGUGGAGGGCAGGGUUAAAGAAGAUGUAGAGAAAAGAAGGGUAUGCUUCCUAUGUUUGAAAACACGAUUUGGCAUUUUCGGCCCUUGGGGGCAGAAGUGUAAAUUGUGCAAAAAGACUGUCUGUCAGAAGUGUUGUUCGAAGAUGCGUAUCCCAACGGAGCACUUCGCGCACGUGCCGGUGGCGCUGCUCAGCCCCUCGCUGCUGCCGUCGCCCGACGACGAGCAGCAGUCCUUCCCGCGCUCGCUCAUGGCGCGUCUCGUGUCGCCUGAACACAACGUGUUGUGUGUGCAGGUAACAGUGGACAACACGGUGGGGUCUGCGCCCAGCAGCCCGGCGGCGCGGCGCGCGGCGGCGUCGGCGCCGGGCUCGCGCGGCGCCUCCGCGCUGGGCUUCGAGCCGGCCAUCGCGCGCGCAGACGGGCCCGGCAGCAUGCCCUGCGUCAACACGCCGCUCUCCGCACUCUCCACACUCGAGCGCAGAGCGCGUUACGGGCGCAACAUGACGUGCGCGGGCGCGGCGGUGGCGGAGCGCCUGCGCGGCGUGCAGAUGGCGGUGUGCCACGACUGCAAGGCCAUGGUGCUGCAGAUCAUCAAGUCCAGCCGCGCCUCGCGCUCCGCGUCACGUGACCGCGCCCUGCGCCACCUCACGCUGGACCUCGCCCCCGUCUACACUGCCGACUGU